AUGAUCUCUGAUGAAUCCAAGGACCACAAGGUCAUCAAAUAUCAGUCCAGGAAAUCCACUCCUCUCUACCCUGAAUGUAAAUAUCAUAACUCACAACAAUGCAUAAUGUACUGUAAUCAAUGUAAAAUUCCUGUUUGUAAAACGUGUCUUGCAUCUCAACAUCUUAGUCAUAAGGUAUCAGAAAUCUUGAAAGUUGUGAAUGAAAGAAAGGAUAAAUUAAUCAAAGGACGAGGUAAAUUAAAUGAGACAAUUUAUCCAACUUCCCAGGACAUUGCCUCUGAUGUACAAAAUAGAAUUAAUAAGUUAGAAAAGGAAUAUGAAGAUCUCUCAACAGCCAUAACAAAACAUGGAGAGGACUGGCACAGAGAAAUUGACAACUUUUUAAUAAAACUUCAAGCUGAAGUUGAUGAGACGAAAGACACCCAGUUACAAACUCUACAGAAACAUCUGGAUGAAAUAAACAAGAACAUUUCUGACAUUAAGAAUGAAAUCAUAUCAAUUGAAAGGGCUAUAGAGGCUAAUGACUUGUCAAAACUAUUAAGAGUCAAAUCCCAUGUACACAUGUACAGUAAUCUUCCACACAAAAUUGCCCCUUUUCUUCCAAAAUUCGUUCCAGGAAAAGUCCAAGGAGAAAAAUUUAGUAAACUGUUUGGAACCUUAUCAUCAAGUUCUUUAACAUUUGAUGAGCAUGGCUACAGCAUGAAAUCAUCACAUAAAUGUCCAGAAACUGGAUCCUCUUCUCCAGUCAAACAGCUGCUUGACGAACCAGAGAUUGUUACAAAUAUAGACACUGGGUAUGAAUACCUUAUCAAUGUGGCCUGUCUGAGUGAUGAAAAAAUCUGGACAAGAGGAAAUGACAGCACCAUUAAACUCUUCAACAUCAAUCAGGGAUCACUACUCAAGUCAAUCAAAACCAAGUCAGGUAACAUACCAUGGGACAUAGCAGUAACAAAAAGCGGAGUUCUUGUCUAUACUAAUGUCAGUGACAGAACUGUGAACAUUGUGAAGAAUAAAAAGAUAGAGAACGUAAUCAGACUCCAUAACUGGACACCACGUGGUGUCUGUGGCACCUCCUCUGGUGACCUCCUGGUUACCAUGUGUAGUCAUGACGACAAACAUUCAAAAAUUGUCCGUUACUCCGGUUCCAUAGAGAAACAAACCAUUCAAUAUGAUGAUUACAGAAGACCUCUCUAUUCGAUAUACACAUGUAUAACUGAAAACCGGAAUUUGGAUAUCUGUGUGUCUGACAAUGGAGUUAAAGCUGUAGUGGUGGUCAAUCAGGCCGGGAAACUGAGAUUCAGGUACACUGGAUAUACUCUUGCUCCGAAAAACAAACUAUUCAUUCCAGUUGGAAUCACCACAGACAGUCAGAGUCACAUCCUUACUACUGACGAUAACAAUCACUGUGUUCACAUUAUAGAUAAGGAUGGGCACUUCCUCCGUUACAUAGAAUGUGGUCUGCGUGAACCUGUGGGACUUUGUACAGAUAUAAAUGAUAAUCUAUUUGUUGCUCAAUGGAGAAGCAGACAAGUGAAGAAAAUCAAAUAUCUGGUCAGAUGCAUCAAUGUAUAG